UACUAAUGUAUAUAUUGCAAUUGUUUGCAAAUUUUAUUUUCUUUCUAUUAGAUGACGCUGAAGAUGGGCGUGAAACAGCUAUUUCCGUCUCCAGCUGCAGUCCACAUCCUGCAGCUGAGUUGCACGAUGAACCAAUUGUUAAGUCACCACCAGAGCCUACACGUGUUAAAUCGCCCGAACAAAUAAUAAUGCGCUCUCCAGACCCAGUUAACUGGACUGUGCCAUUGGAUACAGGGAAAACAUUUACCGUUACACAAAAUGUCAAAGAGGGUGAAAACUAUAGCCGACCACAAAGUGAAAUAAAAGCUUCGACACCAGUUGAAAAGCCACCACCACCACCACAGUCGGCGCCACCAGAAUUAACCGAACAGGUUAAAAUGGAUGCCUGGAAAAAUGCCGAUCUAACUGAUCCGAAAUCGUCGUUGAGCAGCUCUAGUCCAACUUCUGCCAUUGGCAAAGUAAUUACAACAAAGCAGCCAACUGCCGGCGCUGGUGGUUUGCCGCCACCACCACCACCGCCUACAACAACUGCAACAACAACAAUUAUUGAAAACCCAGUACAAGGUUCAAAAUUACGUUGUCUCGAUGAUCCAAUAUUUGAUGUGGAUGCUAAUGUUGGUAUCGGUACCGUUGGUGCUGGUAUCACUACAUUGCCAUCCUCAUCGAAUCCGAAUCCGAAUACGAAUCCAAGCAAUACAACAACGACUGCUCGCAGCACUGCUAGCGAUGUUUUGGAAAAGGCUCGUGACCGUUUCGAUCGCUUUUGGGGUGGUAACAAAGAGGAUAAAGUUUAAGCAAUUAAUAUUUGAAAUUUUUAUACUAAUCUUACAGGUAUUUAGUCGAAAUCAUUAUAAAUACGAUUACCAAGAUUACGCCUACUAAUUGACACUAAACACUAGAAACACUUAUCGAACACCAAAACUCAAGAAAUGCAAACACAAAACCACAGUUCAAGCAAAUAUAAUACUGAAAAAUGUAAGCAAUGAUUACAGCCAUUAUUAAUUAAUUAUUAAUUAAAACAGUAAGUAAUUAAGUUUUAAACUCAAAACUCUUUACUAAAUACUAAGAAACAGUAAAUUAAAUAUAAAUUCUAAGAUAUAAUUCAAAUAAAUGAAAUACAUAUAACUGAAGACGCGAUAGCGCUACUAAUAAACAGGGUAGCCGCAACUAAAAUUAAAUUCUAAUAAUUUGUUUAAAUAAAUAAUCAUAAAUAAUUAAUUUAUAAUAACAAUUAAAUCAAUUUAAAUGAUUAUAUUCUUUUUCAAUAAAAUUUAGUAUAGAUAGAAAAGCAUGGGCUAUCGUUUAGGAUCUCAGGGCAGUUUAGAAAAUACUUCAUUAAGCUUCAUUAAUAAAAAUUUAAUUUCUCACAGAAAAUGUUUCAGGUUAUAUUAAAAGUUUAUAUAAAACAAUAAAUUAUUUACUUUUGUUACUGAGUACAAAUUUACCAUAAAUCACUACAGUAGAAUAUUAUUCUUUUUUCUAUUUAUCGAAGCACUUAUUAUAGCUUGGUUGCAUCAUUCGGCGGAUGAAGGUUUUAUAUUAAACCAUAUGUACUAUAUAAUGUUGGUUUGUACAAGUGUACAUAAAUGCAAGAAAUCGUUCACUUUUCUGGCUUUAUUAUUUUAAUUCAAUGCAAAUAUUGCACAGUCUAGUAUGGAUUGGACCCAAUGAGUGCAGUGAUAUGCAACUUAAAAAGAAACAUUUUUAAAAUGUUGAUGAGUAAAUAAAUAAAUUUUAUUAUAAGUGGAUGGUGUAGAAAUCUAACAAAAUAUGGUUCAACAUAAAAUUAUGUGUUAGAAAUAAAUUAAAAAUUGUAUUCAGUUUACUACACUGUUCAGGAGUAACUACAACAGCUUUGGAAUGGAGUUUGUUACACUUAUUUAAUUAAAUAGACUAUGCAGCAAUUGGAUUGUAUUAAACCGAUGUUCAAUACCCUACAUUCAAUACAAUUAAAUAUGAUUUUAAAUUAUUGUAUGAAUUGACUUCGACUUCUUCAAUGUUUUGAACAAGUUUUUGGAUUUCAGAUGUACGAAAAAUUCAUUAUUGAUGCAGAUGCAAACCUUUCGACGCGUCUUUGUAUCUCCUGCUUAACUGAUGGAAUGUUAAUGUCUAUGUAUUUUUCAGUACUUCUAACACACAAUAUAGCUUUAAUGACAUCUUAAAGUAUUUUUUUUAUAACCAUUAUAUUAUGGUUUCGCUAGUCUGGCUAGUAUAUCCCUAGAGUGAGGCACCAUAAUACUUACCUAAACGGGAAAUUUGUUGUGUCUAUAUUGUAAUCAGAUUUAGAUUUUUAGUAAUUGCUAUAUCAAGAAAUAGUAGGAUCAAGUAUUCAACAAGUUGGCUCGCAUAUGUCAUUGGGUUCUUAGGAAUAUUAUAUAGCAGAGACUGGUACUCUUUGUAUAUCUGUCAUGAUUUAAAUAAAAUAAACAUUUAUCUUCAAAAAAUACAAAACCGACUUAUUCAAGAGUAAUAUAAAAUAAAAUAAAUUUUAUCUCUGCCUACCUAUAGAUAGCAUUAUGUUCUACUGACUGACUAAUAUUAUUUAUUUUAUUAUAUACCUUUUUUAAAUUAUGUACUCAGUAGUUUUGAUUUGAUGAAACUUUUAGUUUUUGCAAAUACCAUCAAAAGCUAUAGCGACAUGAAGACCCGUCCAAAAAAAAUUAUAUAUUAAACAAAUUUAGAUACAAUAAGCAUAUACAAAUUUUUGUA